ACUUCAACUGCUGCUUCCGCAACCCAUACGAUCCAAGUUGGUCCCAGGGAGAGCCCGCAUCAGUAUGUACCGCAUUCUAUUUCGGCAAACGUGGGCGACGUGGUAGUCUUCCAGUUCUAUCCGCGUAAUCACUCUGUGGUCCAGGCCGAUUACAACGCGCCAUGUAUACCUGCGAACGGAGAUUACUUCUUCUCGGGUAUUUUCGACACCUUUGAUGAAGUUAAUGGUCAGCUUGUGGGAGACCCGCCUACCUGGAGCUGGACCGUCGAUAGAAGCGAGCCUACUUUCUUCUACUGCACUGCCAUCGACUCGUGUCUUGAAAACGGCAUGGUGGGAGCCAUCAACCCGAAUGCUUCCAUGACAUGGCAAACCCAAUACACAAGCGCCCUGAAUGCACCCUACAUGCUGUUCCCAGGACAGCCCAUGCCCGCAGAAGGCGAGCAGCAACAAUCCUCGCCAUCCUCCACAACCUCGUCUGCCUCUCCUUCUUCUCCCUCCACCACCUUGGGAAAUCCAUCCGCGUCCUCGUCCUCGUCCUCGUCCCUAAGCGGCGGCGCCAUCGCGGGAAUCGUCAUCGGCGCGGUAAUCGCCGUCCUCGUCAUCGGCGCCUUGCUCUUCCUACUCGGCCGUAACAACGUCUACAAGCAAUGGGUGACCUCGCAAUCCGCCGAGGGGAGCACGACUGCCCGUACGGCGCGCUGGGCGUUAUUUCAAAGCGGAGGUCCA